ACUCUGUCAAAAGGAUUCUCAAUUUGCUUUGUUUUUGAGUGUCAUUUUGAUCUGAAGAUGACCCGCGGAACCCUUGAAGUUCUUCUUGUUAGCGCCAAAGGUCUCGACAACUCCGAUUUUUUAUCUAAGUCGGAUCCUUAUGCGGUCAUCACCUACCGAACUCAGGAGAAGACUAGUGGCAUUGCAUCAGUUCAAGGAUCUAGCUCCGAGUGGAAUGAGAGCUUCCUCUUCUCUAUAUCCAGUGAUGGGACUGACCUCAAGAUCAAACUAAUGGACAAAGACACGUUUACAGCAGACGAUUUUAUGGGCGAAGCAACAAUUCCUCUCCAGCCUCUGUUUGUUGAAAAUAAUGUUCCGCCCAUGGCAUACCAUGUCGUCAAAGAGGAUAAGUACUGUGGACAGAUUAGAGUUGGCCUCACUUUCACUCCCCAGAGGAGUAGAGGCCUUGAAGAGGAGAGCUAUGGAGGAUGGAAGGAAUCAUCAUGCGUGGAGUGAGGAAGAUGUUGGAAUCAAUAGUCAGUUUGUGAACUCUCAUGUGCAUUAUUGCUACUGUUUGCUGUUUUGAUCAUUUAAGGAACCUACACUGUGAUGGAUUUCAGCAGGAUUGGUCAUGAUGUGCAUAUAUGCAUCUGAUCUUAUGCUCUUUCAGUUUUACCAAACCAUUCAAUUAUACAAUUACUGUUUUAUAGUA